CCGCGCCCGGCCAUGAGUUACGAUCGCGCCAUCACCGUCUUCUCGCCCGACGGCCACCUCUUCCAAGUGGAGUACGCGCAGGAGGCCGUGAAGAAGGGCUCCACCGCGGUCGGUGUUCGUGGCCGUGACAUUGUUGUCCUCGGGGUGGAGAAGAAGUCCGUGGCCAAGCUGCAGGAUGAAAGGACAGUGCGGAAGAUCUGCGCUCUGGACGACAAUGUGUGCAUGGCCUUCGCAGGCCUCACCGCGGAUGCCAGGAUUGUCAUCAACAGGGCCCGGGUGGAGUGCCAGAGUCACCGGCUGACAGUGGAGGACCCGGUCACUGUGGAAUACAUCACUCGCUACAUCGCCAGUCUGAAGCAGCGUUACACACAGAGCAAUGGACGCCGGCCAUUCGGCAUCUCUGCCCUCAUCGUGGGCUUUGACUUCGAUGGCACACCCCGGCUCUAUCAGACCGAUCCUUCGGGCACGUACCACGCCUGGAAGGCAAAUGCUAUUGGCCGAGGGGCCAAGUCAGUGCGGGAAUUCCUUGAGAAGAACUACACGGACGAGGCUAUUGAGACGGAUGACCUGGCCAUCAAGCUGGUCAUCAAGGCCCUCCUGGAGGUGGUCCAGUCAGGCGGCAAAAACAUCGAGCUGGCAGUCAUGCGACGAGACCAGCCCCUCAAGAUUUUAAAUCCUGAAGAAAUUGAAAAAUAUGUUGCUGAGAUUGAAAAGGAGAAAGAAGAAAAUGAGAAGAAAAAACAGAAGAAAGCAGCUUCAUGAUGA